ACAUCAGAGCAGGGAGAGUAUAAACACCAGCAGGACCUACUCUGUGCUUAAAAACCUGCGAACAGCCGCCUCCAAGUGCCUGGGGGGUGAUGUGCUGAAGUGGCACAGGGCAGAGCACCAUGAGGCUGCAGCUGGAGAAGCAGCUCCUCUUCCUCUCCCUGCUCUGCGUUUUCUCCAAGGUUUGUGCCCAGCUGUGCCGGAGACCGUGCUACUGCCCCUGGGUGCCACCCCGCUGCCCCCGCGGGUCCCCCCUGGUCCUGGAUGGGUGUGGCUGCUGCAAGAUCUGUGCCCGGCGCCUGGGAGAGCCCUGCGACUUCCUGCACGUCUGUGACCAGAGCCAGGGCCUCGUCUGCGACUACAGCUCAGCACCUGCAGGGGCAGGAGGCACCUGCAACUUUGAAGACGAUGAGGAGGGCUGCGAGGUGAACGGCCGGGUCUAUAGGGAUGGGGAGGUUUUCCAGCCCAGCUGCAAAAUCCAGUGCCGCUGCUCGGACGGGGGCUUCAACUGCGUCCCGCUGUGCCAGGAGGAUGUGCGGCUGCCCACCCCGGACUGCCCCCACCCCCGGCGAGUGGAGAUCCCGGGGAAGUGCUGCCCGGAGUGGAUCUGUGAAGCCCAGGACCAGCACCUCCUCCGGGAUGCCCCGGCAGCCGCCGGGGCAGCGUCCCCACUGCUGCCAUACCCGUGCCAGGAGUGGGGCACGGCGUGGAGCGCCUGCUCGGCCACCUGCGGGCUGGGCUUUGCCACCCGCGUGUCCAACCAGAACCGCUUCUGCCGCCUGGAGACCCAGCGGCGGCUCUGCCUGCUCACACCCUGCCCGGCGCUGCCCGCAGCCUUCCCAGCGAGGGGAAGAGGAGCUCGUUUGUAGCUGUGCCCACCGUGGAUUCACCCUGGAGCCAACGCCUCAUCCCAAAGAGUCUGGCACAAACCCAUGGCACGGUGGUUACGGUGAAGAUGGAGGAUGUUUCCCUUGGGGAAACAGAAAAAAUGAUGGAUUUGGGCUGCAAAGGAGGCUGGAAACAGAGAAUAAGGUCCCCGUGUCACCCAUCACCUGCCUCCUCUGUACACCUCGCUGCCCCAGGCAGGGUUACUGGGCAGCAUUCCAAGUUCCUUAGGCUGAAUGAAAUGGGAAAUGGGGAAAUCCUGCUCCAAGCAUAAACCCACCCAAGAAACCAGGAACUGGCCCUUUUCUGGAUCAGUGGGGCUUCUGAACAGGUGAUGCUGCUUCUCUGCCACGUCAUGCAGCUCUGCUUUGCAGGGACUUCAAGAGAGACCAUCUCCAGCUCCUGGAAGCCAAAAUCCCUAGAGGGAACCCUCAUGCCCUGGCCCCGCAGGGAGGGAGCAGCUCAUCAAACUGCACCCCACAGGUCACUGCCACACCAGGCUGAGCUGCUCGGCCCUGCAGGAGCUCAGCCAGCCCAUGGUGUCCACCCUGCCACCCAGCAGCCCCUUCCCGGCCAUGGGCAGGGUCCUCCCGAUGGCAGCUCUCGUUCACCUUCCCCUCAUCCCUCCAGAAUAAACACGAGCUCCGCCUGGCCUCCUCCUCUCCGGAGCGCUGGUGGUUUGGCAGGGCUUGGGCGAGCGGGGAGCUCAGCCAGCGGAGCACCAGACAGACCGCCCGCCGUCCAGGCACAUUCCCCGCCAGCCGGGCCAGGGAAAAGCGGGAAAAGGGGAAAACAAAUGCAAAGAUGAGCCGGGGCCGUCCCCCGAUAGGUUGGAGCUGCUCCAGCCGCGCAGGAGCCGGCGCAGGAGAGCUGCUCUGCUGCUCUGGCUGUGCUUUCUUCCCAGUAAAAAGUAAUUCUGGGCGAUGGAAAGUGAAACCCAAAUGCCCUCUAAUGGCCUCGCACAAACGUGCAGAGGGAACGCGCGUUCCACCGCGGGAAGGGCAGCGAUUUGGGUGACGUGUCCAGGUGAGAAAUGGACUUUUUAAUGCGUAUUUCCAGAACUAAAAAUAAAGAUGUGCUCAUCUAAAUGUGGUGCUUGUCUGUGCAGGGUGACCCCAGCCCUGCUGGCUCGGUGGGUGCAGGAAAGUCCUGGCACAGGGUGGGACAGCUUGGAGGCGCCUCAAUUCAGGCUGCUUAGAGUAAGAGAAGGAAAAAGAAAAAAAAGAACGUGAAUCAAAGCACUGAACAUAUUAUUGCAGUUUAUUAUAGUCUGGGUUAAACCCUUCACUCUUACCCAGCCAUAAGCUCUGCAGGGCAGGGCAUGGCACGGGCUGCACUGCUGCUGCAUCUGCAGCCACAGGCACAGCCUCUUCUCAGCCUCCCAAAAAUCAACCCCCAAACUCCCCUAUAGCUCAUCCCUCCUGCUGCCAGGCCCACACUUCCUCCAGUUGCCCUGGGCUGGGAUUUCCCCAGCAUGGUGCAGCCACCAUCACCAGCUGAGUGUGCUCCUGAGAAGGGCAGCGUAAACCAGGGCAGAUCUGGGGGUAAAGGGGCAAAAGGCUGAAUGGCAGGGGCAGCUCCUCUCCCCAGCAGCAGCAGAAAAGGCAGCAGAGCAACGAAAACUCACCCACUCCCUCAGGCCCUGCAAGAAACUGAAAAUAAAAUGAAAGUCAAGGACGUGGUUCAAUCACCUCUUGGGGCUAAAAAAAAAAAAAAAAAAAGAGAGAGAAAGGAAAAGAGAAACCUCACUGCUCUUGCAGUAAAACAUUGCCUACAAAGAGAAUUAUUUACUGCAAUCAUCUGGUGCUAAGCCUGAAUACAAAUCAUUAAUUCUGUUUGAUACAGGCACAUGGUGAACAUCCAGCAGGCAGCAAAUCACAGAACAAACAGCUUUGGUUGACUUUUUUAGUUCUCUGGUGGCCGUGCCAAGCAAGUGGUGACCUAAAGCUCAUGUAGACUUCAAAACUACCAUGUUCCUCGACCGACAUGAAUAAAACACGUUGUGGGUACUGAAAAUCCUGGUUUUAAGCCAGUUCUUGUUCAAGCAUGUUGGGACUCAGCCACCAAGGCUGGGUGAGCUGCCAGGGCUGUCACACACUCCCAGAUCCUGCCCAGCCACCUCUGGGUGAUGGCAAAAAUCAGGAGGUCACUUUUGAGGCAGAAACCUGCAAUUCUCAUCUUGACAAAAUGACUCAACACACCUCUGCUAUAAUUAUCUCUUUUUUUCCCCUGCAGAAUGUCUCCCUGAUUCACUAAGCAUCUAAAUAAUGAAUUAAUGAUUCCAAAUAAAUCAGAGUUAUUUUUCCCUAUGAAUACAGGGAAAUCAACUCUUGCAAUUUGAUUGCCAGUCUCACAAUAUUUCCCUCUAAAGCCCUGCUACCCUGGAAACGUGGUUAUUUGAGGCUCUGACGCAGGGUCCUGGCUCUGCCUGCUCGUGUGGGGCAACAGACAAAUAUUCCACCCCAUCCACAGGUAACGUGUGAACUUAAAAAUCCCCAAACCAAAAGAAAAUUCACUCCUGUCCUCAAGGCACAAGGCCACAUCUGCACACAGCCUGGGAUCUGCCAACCACACUCCUGAGCCAGUGAGGAGCAGCAGAUUUCUCAGCUCAUUUCUGUGCAAGCACACGCAGCAGCUGAAGGAAAACUGUCUUACUGGAUGAGUAAACAACAUGCAUCAGAAUUUCUUUUCCAAGCCAUUCUCAUGACUGAUGAUUUUUAAAUGCACAGAGUUGGGUGAGAGAGGGCUGGAUGAGCCCCUUGUUAAAGCGAAACAUUUUCAGAAACUGAGCACACGAAUGCAGUGCUCAAUUUAACAAAAAAAAAAUCAACUAGAUCAAAUGUGGUUUUUUAUUUUUCCUGGAAACACAUGCUUCAGGUUCUGUGUUUGCAGGAGCUGUCUUGGCCCUGUGUUCUCAUCCUGACAUCAGCACUGCUGUUGCCUGCCAGAGCCAGGAGCAGAGGGGACUGUCCUCAUGCAGGAUGCUUGGGCAGAGCUGGCAGGAGCACCUGUACUGUGAGGGAAACCAUGGGUCAAGUGAACACCUAAAGCACACAGAAAGCAGGCAUAAGAGAAAAGCUCCAUGAUUGUGCCUCCAGCGGCUCCAGGGAACAGGGGAUGUGGAGGGCAUGGGGCUCCAGCCAUUCAUGGGCAGUGCUCCCCAUGCCCUGCCCUGCUCCUCUCUUCCCAUGGCUCUGAGCUUUCAUUCUCGGGCCAGGGAAAGCUCUGCCUUCAUUGGUGAGAGCAGCUCAUGGACCUUCCCAUGAUCACAGAAGUCCUCCUAGCCAGCUGCUGUCUCUGCCUCAGCUUCCCCAAAGGUCGAUGCUCUGGGACAAAGGGAACUGUUCCCACUCUCUUCCUCUCCUCUCGCUGCCCUUCCACACCUCCAUAAAGUUGCUCUGCAAGUGCCACCCCGAGGCCAGGCUGCAGGACAGCUGAAGUGCACAGGGGUGAAGGGGGCAGGAGCAGGGUGGAAUCCCUUCCCUGAGGGGUGCACCCCCGUGGAGCCCCUCUGCUGCUGUCACUCCAGGAGCACAGACCCACCCGAGCCUCUAGAGACCGCAGAAAAGCCAUUUCCUCACCACACGGAAACAGCUUCUAUAGUUCACGUUUUCGGUGGCACGCCCACAGCAGUGAUUUUACUAUACAGUCAGGAAAAAACACACAAUGUUUCCCACCGCUCAACUGCUCCAGCAAGCACUUUCUGAAGUCAACAAUCGCACUGGUACUCCCAACACACAGCUCAGCACCGCCCCACCUGCGUCCUGGGCUUCCCCGGAGCGCCGUGCCCGGCGUGGUCCAGCAGGGAUGUUCUGCUCCCGAGGAGGGAUGGAUGCUCAGCCGGGCU